GAGUUGUCAGUGUCAGUGUCAAUCCAAUAGUAAACAAAUAAGUGAUGGAAUGGAAUUGAAUUUGAAAUUAAAUACAAAUUUACAAAGAUAAGUUAUUGACGUCUGUUUAUUCUUUUCGUAAACCUUAUCACAAAAUUACAAAUCAUGACAUCAAUGUUUGAUCAGUUCGAAAAGGCAUCUAUUAGAUCCAAAAAUAAUAACAUAAUGGCAGAAAUGAAUACGCUGGAUUAUAUUAAUAUGACUCUAGCAGAUGAUGUUCCUAUAUUCAGCAAAACUAAAAAAGAUUUCACUCCAGCUUACAAAGUCACUCAUGUAGUUCUUGAAAACAGAUAUUUGGUGGCAGCCUUAUCGAAUGGAUCUAUUUUUCGAAUGCAUCUACAAUCACCGAAUACUAGAGAUGAAAUUUCCCUCAGCAAGUUUACAAGUUGUCGGUUGAGUAAUAUUUUUCUAGAUCCCACUGGUCAUCACUUAUUGAUCAGUUUAGUACCUACAUCAAAGGAAGUGGGUCCAGAAUUACUUUAUUUAUCUAGAAAAACGAAUAAGUUGAGAGCUACAACAAAAUUUCGAGGACAUGAGUUUACUGAAGUAGCUUGGAACAAUUUGAAUACAUCAGAAAGCACUACUGGACCAAUUUUAUUGGGAACUUCUAAGGGUAUGAUAUUUGAAACUGAAAUUGUGCUCGAUGGUGAAAAGUUUUUCACAUCUGGAUUUUCUUCAAUAGAACAGUAUUGGCGGCAGCUCCCCAAUUAUCUUCCACUCUAUGGCAAUAGGGAAGUUGAGGGAUUGGUGUUUGAUAUUGGAAAGGGUACCAAUACUCCAAUAACUGGUCUGGAAUACUUUGAGAUACCUGGAGCCAACAGACUGAUCAUUUUCGCAGCUACAGCUACCAAAUUAUAUUAUUUCACUGGUAAAGGAGAUCAGGAUGAUAAACCAACUUUGCAGCAAGUUUUCAAUAGAUAUCUCAACGUCCCAGAGCCUGAAACCUAUAUUGAGGUUGAGAGUAAUCUGAGAUAUUCCAAGUUGAAAUUUUAUUCUGAUAAUUUAACUACACCAAAUUAUUUUGCUUGGAUGACUGGUAAAGGAAUAACAUAUGGAAAGCUUGAGUGUAACUCUACAGAAACCCUUUCUACAAUAAAAUCAAAUAUCAAGACCAUUCCGUUUCCUAAACCAAAGUAUGAGGAUUAUUCUGUUAGCCAAAAGUUUCCAAUUGCAAUUGUGGUAACAGAAUUUCACAUCCUAUUAGCCUAUGCUGAUAUGGUAAAAGGUGUUUGUUUAUUGAACGAGGAAGUAGUUUAUGAAGACAACUAUAAUGAGGCUUUUGGAAAACUAGUCAACAUUCUAAAGGAUUCGAGAACAGGUGAUAUAUGGGUUAUCAGUGAAACAGCAGUAUUUCAAUAUAAAGUAACAAGAGAGGAAAGAAAUGUUUGGAAAAUAUUCGCUGAUAAUCAACAGUUUGAAUUAGCAAAAAAAUAUUCUAGAGGAAAUGAAGUAUGUUACAAUCAGGUUCUCAUAAAGGAGGCUGAUAUGCUUUUUGACAAAAAGAAAUACGAACUGAGUGCUCAAAUAUAUGCUGAAGCAGAAUCAAGUUUUGAGGAGAUAUGUUUGAAAUAUAUUCAAGCUGAUCAACAAGAUGCUUUGAAAAUAUUUCUCAGGAGAAAGUUGGAUAACCUGAAGCCUUCAGACCAGACACAGAUAACAAUGAUAGUAAUUUGGCUAGUUGAACUAUACUUGAAUAGGUUAGAAGAAAAAAGAUUGACAGGACAGGGAGAUACAGUUGCUUAUUUGGAUAUACAAAAGGAAUUUGAAACAUUCCUUGCUUUAUCUGAAGUUAGCAAAUGUGUCAAAAACAAUAAAUCCACAAUUUAUGAUCUCAUGGCUAGUCAUGGAGAUAAGGCCAAUUUAAUGAAAUCGACUAUUGUCAAUAAGGAUUUUGAGCAGUUAAUCAGACAAAACAUAUACAAAAAUAGCUUUCAUGAAGCUUUGGAUGUUCUUAAAAGUCAGAGCAAUUAUGAACUCUAUUACCAAUUCACUCCAAUUUUAAUUCAAGAGGUUCCGAAACAUAUGGUCAAAGCUUUGAUAGAAAAUGGAAAGAAAUUGUCACCUGUGAGAUUGUUACCAGCUUUAGUGAGUUGUGAAGGAGAACAUCAUUCAAAAGAGGUCAUAAAGUAUUUGGAGUUUGUGACUGAGAAACAGAAGAAUUCCAAUAAGUCUCUACAUAAUUUGUUGCUUUCUCUUUAUGCCAAAUAUGAACCAAGUAAAUUAUUAGAUUAUUUGGAUUCCCAAGGCAAUGAACUUGGCAUGAUCAAUUUUGACGUUCAUUUCGCUCUUCGUUUAUGCCAGGAAAGAAAUCUUAUAAAAGCAUGUGUCCAUCUUUCAUGCCUCUUAGGCUUGUGGGAAUCAGCCGUUGAUCUUGCAUUGGAAAUAAAUCUAGACCUUGCCAAAGAAAUUGCUAAUAAACCACCUGAAGAAGACGUAGAACUAAGAAAGAAGCUGUGGUUGAAAAUUGCUCAGUAUGUCGUUGCUGGGAAAAAUGACAUUCAGAAAGCUAUGGAAUUCCUGAAACAGUGUGAACUCAUAAGAAUCGAAGAUAUUCUUCCAUUCUUCUCUGACUUUGUGACCAUUGAACACUUCAAAGAAGCUAUCUGUAAUUCAUUGAAGGAAUAUAACCAACACAUUCAAGAUUUGAAAGAAGAAAUGGAAGAAGCUACAAAGUCUGCAGAAACAGUGAGAGAGGAUAUAAUGAAAUUCAGAAAUAGGUGUACAUAUGUUAAUAGCUCUGAUGUAUGUGAUAUAUGCAACAUUAUGAUUUUGAUAAGGCCGUUCUACAUUUUUCCAUGUCAGCAUAAAUUCCAUUCCGACUGUUUAAGAGAGGAGUUGGAACCUUUGUUAGGUCCUGGUAAAAAACAUAAAUUAGCUGAAUUGGAUAAGAGACUAAUAAGUUUGACAAGAGUGGAUAAUGUAAGCAUGGGUUCUACUGGUCUUUCAAAUUUAGAAAUGUGUAGAGCAGAAAUAGACAAUAUAAUAGCUUCAGAAUGUCUAUAUUGUGGAGAAAAUAUGAUUCAAAAUAUUGAUAAACCUUUCUUAGAUGAUAUUGAAUAUGAAAUAAUAAAAAAAGAAUGGGAAUGAAGAAGGAAGCUCUCAUUUUAUAUUUAACAUAAGCUGAUAUUGAAUAUUAUUGUGAUAUAUUUGUAAUUUUAUGACCUUAUUUAAGAAAUAUGGAUAUUUAAAAUUGAUUGCAGUUCCAUAUUUUAAGGGUUUUCCUAUAAUUCAAUAAUCAUAUGAAUUUUCGAUGUUGAAUCGAUGUUUAUUGUAUAUAAAAUUAAUUCCUCAGAAUAAAAUUUUAAAUAAA